AUGAGAGACAAAGAUCUCUUCGAUAAUGAUGAUUCAUUUUCUUUGUUCAUUGUAGUUAUUCCCAAUAUUCCAAUUGAUGCUCAAUGGUCACUAAACGGAAAGACCGUUGCUGGAGGUAAUGGAGAAGGCGAUGCCACAAAUCAACUCGCGAGGCCUUACGGUCUCUUCGUUGAUGAUGAUCAAACGAUGAUCACUGCUGACUGCUCCAAUCAUCGUAUCGUCCAAUGGAAGAUGGGUGAUACGAAUGGACAAGUUAUAGCUGGUGGCAAGGGCCAAGGAAAUCGCUUAGAUCAAUUGGAUCGUCCAACCGAUCUGCUAAUCGACAAAGACACUGAUAGUCUCAUUAUCUGCGAUUGGGGAAAUCGACGAGUUGUACGAUGGUCUCGUCGUAGUGGCACAACUCAAGAAGAAAUCUUCAUCAACGACAUCGAUUGUUAUGGAUUGUUCAUGGAUGAUCAGAAAUAUCUCUACGUCUCUGACUACAAAAAACACGAAGUCAGACGAUAUCAAAUAGGAGACAAGAAUGGAAUUAUUGUGGCUGGUGGAAAUGGCAAAGGUGCUGAUCUCAAUCAACUCAACGAUCCGCAUUACAUCUUUGUCGGUCAACAACAGACUGUAUACGUGUCAGACAACCACAAUCAUCGUGUAAUGAAAUGGAAUAAGGGUGCAAAAGAAGGCAUUGUCGUCGCUGGAGGUCAAGGUAAAGGGGAAGCUCUGACACAAUUGUAUCAUCCUAACGGAUUCUUCGUCGAUAUGUUGGAUACCAUCUAUGUGGCAGAUUCGGCGAAUCAUCGAGUAAUGCGUUGGCCUAAAGGAGCAAAACAGGGUACUGUCAUUGUGGGUGGAAAUCGUAAAGGAGCAGGAGCAAAUCAGUUCAAUUAUCCCGAUGGUUUGUCGUUCGAUCGACAAGGCAAUCUCUAUGUCGUCGAUAAUGAAAAUAAUCGUGUUCAGUUUUUUUCAAUUUAA